CGCCUCUCAGGCUGGGCUGUCCAGAACAAAGCUAGGCUGAGCCCAUCUCACAGCACCGUGGCCCUCCAUGUCCCCAUAGGAAGUGUCCUGAGAUGGAAGAAAAGAAGGGUCCUCUUGGCGAUGGCAUUGGCGAUGGCAUUGCCGUGGUGGCUGGAUUAUGGCAAGGAAGACCCUAGGUGGCCAACUGCUGCUCGGUGACCUUCCUGAUGGUAGAAAAUCACUGUGCUUUUGGCUUGGUGGCUCCGUGAUAUUCAAUUGUUCUGUCAUUUGUUGAGUGACCAAUCAGAUGGGUGGAGUAUGUUAUAGAAAUUGGCAGCAAGUAUCCAAUGGGUGAAGAAGAAGCCGCCUGGGGAAGUGGGCAGCCCUGACGUGAUGUGCUCAGAGAGCGAAGACCUUCCGUUCCAGGAGAGGUCUGCUUGACGUACCCCGGAGGGAGACUGACCCUAGGAAAGGCAUACCACUCGGCUGGGCUGGCGGAAGGGUGACAGCUGCAUUCUCCUGUGCCUACCACAUAACCAAAAAUGAAGGAGAACUACUGUUUACAAGCCGCGCUGGUGUGCCUGAGCAUGCUGUGCCACAGCCAGGCAUUUGCUCUGGAGCGACGAAGCCACCUGCGGCCCUCCUUCUAUGGACAUCAUGAGAAGGGCAAGGAGGGGCAGGUGCUGCAGCGCUCCAAACGAGGCUGGGUCUGGAACCAGUUCUUUGUGAUAGAGGAGUACACCGGGCCUGAUCCUGUGCUCGUGGGCAGGCUCCAUUCCGAUAUUGACUCUGGUGAUGGGAACAUUAAAUACAUUCUCUCAGGUGAAGGAGCCGGAACCAUUUUUGUGAUUGAUGACAAAUCAGGGAACAUUCAUGCCACCAAGACUUUGGACCGAGAGGAGAGAGCCCAGUACACACUGAUGGCUCAGGCAGUGGACAGGGACACCAACCGGCCACUGGAACCACCAUCGGAAUUCAUCGUCAAGGUCCAGGACAUUAAUGACAACCCUCCGGAGUUUCUGCAUGAGACCUAUCAUGCCAAUGUGCCUGAGAGGUCCAAUGUGGGAACAUCAGUAAUCCAGGUGACAGCUUCUGAUGCAGAUGAUCCCACCUAUGGAAACAGUGCUAAAUUAGUGUACAGUAUCCUUGAAGGACAGCCCUACUUUUCAGUGGAGGCACAGACAGGUAUCAUCAGAACAGCCCUUCCCAACAUGGACAGGGAGGCCAAGGAGGAGUAUCACGUGGUGAUCCAGGCCAAGGACAUGGGUGGACACAUGGGCGGACUCUCAGGGACAACCAAAGUGACCAUCACACUGACUGAUGUCAAUGACAACCCACCAAAGUUUCCGCAGAGCGUAUACCAGAUGUCUGUAUCUGAAGCAGCUGUCCCUGGAGAGGAAGUAGGCAGAGUGAAGGCUAAAGACCCAGACAUUGGAGAAAACGGCUUAGUCACAUACAACAUCGUUGAUGGAGACGGUAUGGAGCUCUUUGAAAUCACCACAGACUACGAAACACAGGAAGGCGUGGUAAAGCUGAAAAAGCCCGUAGAUUUUGAAACCAAGAGAGCAUAUAGCUUGAAGGUAGAGGCAGCCAAUGUGCACAUCGACCCAAAGUUCAUCAGCAACGGACCUUUCAAGGACACUGUGACGGUCAAGAUCGCGGUAGAAGAUGCUGAUGAACCCCCCAUGUUCCUGGCCCCAAGUUAUAUCCACGAAGUCCAAGAAAAUGCAGCCGCUGGCACGGUGGUUGGGAGAGUGCAUGCCAAAGAUCCUGAUGCUGCCAACAGCCCAAUAAGGUAUUCCAUUGAUCGUCAUACUGACCUCGACAGGUUUUUCACUAUUAAUCCAGAGGAUGGUUUUAUUAAAACUACCAAACCUCUGGAUAGAGAAGAAACCGCCUGGCUCAACAUCUCUGUCUUUGCAGCAGAAAUCCACAACCGGCAUCAGGAAGCCAAAGUUCCAGUGGCCAUUAGGGUCCUUGAUGUCAAUGAUAAUGCUCCCAAGUUUGCUGCCCCUUAUGAAGGGUUCAUCUGUGAAAGUGAUCAAACCAAGCCACUUUCCAACCAGCCAAUUGUUACAAUUAGUGCAGAUGACAAGGAUGACACAGCCAAUGGACCAAGAUUUAUCUUCAGCCUCCCCCCUGAAAUCAUUCACAAUCCAAAUUUCACAGUCAGAGACAACAGAGAUAACACGGCAGGAGUGUAUGCCCGGCGUGGAGGCUUCAGUCGGCAAAAGCAGGAUCUAUACCUCCUGCCCAUAGUGAUCAGUGAUGGGGGGAUCCCGCCCAUGAGCAGCACCAACACCCUCACCAUCAAAGUCUGUGGGUGCGAUGUGAACGGGGCGCUGCUCUCCUGUAAUGCCGAAGCCUACAUCCUGAAUGCCGGCCUGAGCACAGGGGCACUCAUCGCCAUCCUUGCCUGCAUCGUUAUUCUCCUAGUCAUCGUAGUGCUGUUCGUGACCCUAAGAAGGCAAAAGAAAGAGCCCCUGAUUGUUUUUGAGGAGGAGGAUGUCCGUGAGAACAUCAUCACCUAUGAUGAUGAAGGGGGAGGGGAGGAAGACACUGAAGCCUUCGACAUCGCCACCCUCCAGAACCCCGACGGUAUCAAUGGAUUUAUCCCUCGCAAAGACAUCAAACCCGAGUACCAGUACAUGCCUAGGCCCGGGCUCCGGCCAGCACCCAACAGCGUGGACGUGGAUGACUUCAUCAACACGAGAAUACAGGAGGCAGAUAACGACCCCACUGCACCCCCUUACGACUCCAUCCAAAUCUAUGGUUACGAAGGCAGGGGCUCGGUGGCCGGGUCCCUGAGCUCCUUAGAGUCGGCCACCACCGACUCGGACUUGGACUAUGACUAUCUACAGAACUGGGGACCUCGUUUUAAGAAACUAGCAGACUUGUACGGUUCCAAAGACACUUUUGAUGACGAUUCUUAACAAUAACAAUACAAAUUUGGCCUUAAGAACUGUGUCUGGCGUUCUCAAGAAUCUAGAAGAUGUGUAAACAGGUAUUUUUUUAAAAAAUCAAGGAAAGGCUCAUUUAAAAACAAGCAAAGUUUUACAGAGAGGAUACGUUUAAUAAAACUGCAAGGACAUCAAAGUGGUAAAUACUGUGAAGUACCUUUUCCCACACACACAAAAAAAGGCAAAUAUUGAAGUUGUUUAUCAACUUCGCUAGAAAAAAACCACUUGGCAUACAAAAUAUUUAAGUGAAGAAGUCUAAUGGUGAACUUACAAUGAAGGGAAAUUGUUUAUGUGUUAUGAACAUCCAAGUCUUCUUCUUCUUCUUUUUUUUUUAAUUUGUCAAAGAAGCUUCCACAAAAUUUCAAAGGACAACAGUUCUGAGCUGUAAUUUCGCCUUAAACUAUGGACACUCUCUAUGUAGUGCAUUUUUAAACUUGAAAUAUAUAAUAUUCAGCCAGCUUAAACCCAUACGAUGUAUGUACAAUACAAUGUACAAUUAUGUCUCUUGAGCAUCAAUCUUGUUACUGCUGAUUCUUGUAAAUCUUUUCGCUUCUACUUUCAUCUUAAACUAAUACGUGCCAGAUAUAACUGUCUUGUUUCAGUGAGAAGCGCCCUAUUUCUAUGUCAUUUUUAAUGUAUCUAUUUGUACAAUUUUAAAGUUCUUAUUUUAGUAUACAUACAAAUAUCAGUAUUCUGACAUGUAAGAAAAUGUUACAGCAUCACACUUAUAUUUUAUGAACAUUGUACUGUUGCUUUAAUAUGAGCUUCAAUAUAAGAAGCAACCUUUGAAAUAAAAAAAAAGAUUCUUUUUUAA